AUGAAUAACGGUUUGUGUAGUUUACAAGGUAGAUAUCGCCACCGCCGGCCACUGCGCAGUCGACUCCAGCGCAACCGUCAUUGUCACAGUGCAUGGAUGUCUCAAAUGCCAGCCCUCGUUGCAGGCUACUUGCGCUGGAAGCACCAUGCAGCCACACCGACACCGACACCCAAUGUUGAAGUUGGAACAUUCAUGUUCCACGUCAGCACAGUUGAUAUUCUAGUCCUGCAAGCUGCUGAUGAAUUGGCGAACGUGUCACUCAUUAAUAUGGGACUUCUUGGGUGUUCCCCCAUUCAGCCUAAAAUAGCUGUUUCGCUUCAAUGCCUCGAGUUAUAUCAUCAAAUCCGUCGACGCAAACCAUCUUUUAGUGUACAGGCGAUGGUCAAAGUACUCUGUGCCCUUCAUAAUCGCUCGUAUUUUCAAGCGCUGCGGGAUCAAUUUGCAAUAGCUUUCGAUGCCUAUCUCAAUAUUUUACGGCGGGUUCGAGAAUUAGCUAACACUGCAUUGAAGCGUGAUACUCCUCACUGGCGCAUGCUUCACUCGUGCCCUGCAUGUAAUUACAAGCAAGAGAAUGAGCCAACAUUGAUCCCUGCGAGGAUGGACAGUAUGGACGGCAAUAACUCGUUGAAACGGGUCGAUGGCUCUGGACACGCUGAUGAGCGCAUCUUCGAAUCAUCAUAUUUGAUACCUCCCGAUGAAGUUGAUGUGUUUAAGGACGAUGUGCGACUCCGGCCAGGAACACGAGCGGUUGUUACUAACACAGCAGGAGGCAUCAGUCCGGCUGAUGUUUCAGAGUCUACAUGCACUGACAAUUGGAAGACUGCAAACACAAUUUCUGACAACACUGUCAAAGUUUUCGAGCAAACAGGUAUUUUCAUCAGUGCCUGUCGACACGGCAUGAUCCAGACCUUGGUUGAGAUGCGUGCUAAAUAUGCUCUCGCAACAACCAAUAAAGUUCUCGAUGUUUACGGUCUGAAUGGAGUAACUGGAUACGAUAUCGGAUGUUCCUAUCAGAAAACUGUUGACGCCAGUUCUAUCUCCAUCAAGGCGCACUCCAAUCAUCAUCGCUUCAUUGUCAACUCAUUUCACGGACAUGCCCACAACCACCGUUGUCAGCUUCGGUUCCAUCCUUUAUAUCAACAUGGCCUUGGCCUCGAGGACCUCGAAACGUGCGAGCGCAUAUUCUCUGCAUCAAAUGCCGUAGCUCCCAUUAUCCGCCACGCAUCUUAUUUUCACUGGCUUCAGUUCAUCGACCUUCACUUUCAGCAGUGGGAUUCUGAUAGGUACCUGGAACUAAGUAUGUUUUUGUACAACAACUAUAAGCAAGCGCUUGGCAUCAUCGAUGACCUAAGCCCUGCCGUCAAGGAACUAAAGUUAGCGCUAAAUAUUUCGGAUGGAGACUUCGAGCGCUGGAAUAUGGAAGAGUUAGAAUUUCUGGAGACCCUGACAGAGGAAACGGAGGAGGACAUCGAGGCGAUGACUUACGUGGAAGCAUUACGAUCACUUGCCAAAGCCGAUGUCACAACAGUACAAUUUCUGACUUAUACACCCGCAGAUUUCACUGCUACUCAUGGUCUCCAAAAAAAAAAACAAGUGUUGGCGAGUGCUCGAGAAGCCGAACGUCACGCAGCUCACCGCAAGUUAAUUCUUGAAAUGAAUGUGGUUGAUGAUAUCGAGCGUCGUAUGGGAAUUGCCGAAAGAUGGCAGCCCCAGGAUACGAAAUAUCAGGAGGGUCUGGUAUAUCUUACCAACCGGCAAUUCAUUCGUGCCAUUGAGCAGUUGCAGGGUCUCGUUGUUCAGAGGCUCUUUGAGUUGGCCAAAGCAAACAUCGCUGGCACAGGUUACAAACUUCGUCAACAUAUCUCAAACACUAUCAGUCGCCGGUCAGGAGCCAUCCGAAGAGCCCUUGAAAAAUAUAAUCAGCUUGCUAUUGUUCAAACGCCUCCACGAGAUGUCAUAGAAUACAGCGAAGUGGCGUCAUAUGCUUGGCUCGGCGAGUUCGACCUCCUCAAGCAUUCACGUCAUCGCAUACUUGAGAAGCCGUGGACGUCCAAGGGAAAUCGUGAGGUUGCGAACAAUUUCUUCAAAAUUCAACGUGCUCAUGAGGAAGUUCGACGUCUUAAUGUCGAAGUUGCACCACUCUCUGCUUGGGUGGAUUAUGAAGACGCGCACUUAAAAUCAACAUUUGAAUCAUUGGUUGAAUCAGAUCCGACACUCUCACACGAGAUCUCUUGCAUGUACAAGGAGCGCAAACGAGCGAAUGAUGUGCAUCGCAGAAGAAUUCAGGCUAUUUAUGAUCUCUCUGGAUACUGUGGAUCGAGGGGCACGGAGACGAGAGGCAUUGAUGAUCACAGAGGUGGGGAUGCAGAUGAGAUGAUGGAAGAUUUAAGGGGUACUAGGAGUAUUGAAGCUGACAAGGAUGAUGCACUUUGGGACGAGGCUGACCGUUUAGAAGCCUGUAUGAUUUAG